GGGUGCCUUAGGUAAGGUGUGAACCGGGGAUAUACCGCGUCUCCAAUGCGGCCAAAGAGGGGCAACCUUCAGUGCUUCUUUCCGCCGGUCUUUUUCUUCUUCUUCAGAACAUCUCAAGUGGUUCCGGGCUCUUUCCAUGAUUGUCUCUGCCACACUCAGACACAGCGCCAGACAUUUGACAGGGUGCUCCCAAGUACCUACCAGGACACUCAUGCCGGUGUUGAGCUGGUCGAUGGCUGUCCAAGGCAUGAGGUAGUUACCGUAGUCUGUAUGUUUCUUUCUCCAACAUGGUGUACCGCCGAUUGUCAUGAGUGUAAGGUACGGAAUCCACUUGUUUAUUCAACCGCCUUACCUCGCCAAAACCCGGCCUGCCAAAAUGCUUCCCGCUGUCUCUUGGUCGGCAUGUCGGCUAGCGGCAAAUGACCCCAGAUGACGAAGGAUUCCCUAUGAUGCUAUCUACAGUUACCUUUCCAAAUGCCUCUUCUGUCCCAGUCAAGCCAGACACGCUGACACGUUAUCUGGAAUAAGAAUUAAGGUUCUGCUAACGGGGAUAUACAAUUCAGUUUCCCCAGAAAGGCAACCGGCCAAACCUUUUGCGUCC